CUCUAAGGAACCAAGGAUCUCCCAAGCCUCAAAGGAUUUCUUUUUCUUAUAUAGGGGUUUGUUUCCUGUCACCUCCCCUAAGUUCUUCCAUCUACCAAUCACCAUAGAUGUUUUCUAAAAGACAGCCCAUCUGAAUUCCAGUUAAAUUGACUAAUCCCCUCAGUAAAUCUGAACCAGAGAAAACACAGCUGAGUCGACUAAUCUCAUUAAGAGAAAACCUGCCCAACCUAUUUUAGGUACCUAGCAUCCCAUUGUAUCAAUUCUAAAAAACAGGCAUGGCUCAAAGAACUCCUUGCCUUAUAAGCAUGGGUCCAAGUACUUUCAUUGUUUAGCAAGGAGUUUUCUCCCCUAAAGCAGUCUUAAGUAUGGGUGGAGUAGAGGUCCUCCCAUUUCUGAUCCUGGCGAGUUCUCACAUCAAAAUGGGGAAUGUUUCCAGUAGGGAAUUUGUUCCAAUGGAGGAUUCCUCAAUGGAGAAAUUUUUAACAUUCACAAGUCUGAGAGAUUUCAAGAUUUACACAUAAAACCUGUGUACUUCUUCUUAGAAUAAUGUCUUUGAAUCCAUAGAAACUAGUUAUACUGACAUAAUAUCGAAAGAUUUAAAAAUGUGUGAUAUACCAAUAAUAUGCUUUUUAAAAAUUAAUACAUUAAAUAACAAGACAAUUUUUUAUUUUUAAAAUAUCUAUCAGUGUGAAGGGUAUUGUUGCUUAAUUUGAGUAAGAAAAGUAAAGUAUUAUGGCAUUGUUUUGAUAAGGUACCAUAGAUAUAUUGAAUAACCAAUUGAUCCUUAUUUUUUUGUUUUGAUGGUUCUAAAUUUUGAAAAUGCUCAUUUUCAAAGAUAACGUAAAUGGAAUUUAAGUUGCCAUUGCUCACUUUGCAAGGUAAAGAUAGGUUUCUUUUUCUUUAUUCUUUUUUUUCCCUAAUCCCUUUCUUUCUUAAUAACAAUUCUAAAAUAGAAGGGUAAGAGCUAGGUAAAUGUGGUUGAGUCACUUGCCCUGGGUCACAAAACCAGGAAGUGUCCGUAUGCAGAUUUGAAUUCUGGUUUUCUUGACUCCUGGCACUCUAUCCAUUGAACCAUCUACCUGCCCCAUAAGUUUAGGCUUCUCAAGUGAUUUCAGAAUUCUCCAAGGUUUUUUGGAUUAAAACCUAAUUAUAAUACAUUUUUUUGCCCCAAGAGCAAAGAGUUCAUUUUUGGCUAGGCCAGUCCUUUUAGUUUAGUUUAUAUUAGAAAGGAAAGCAUUGCUAAUCCAUUCCUCAACAAGGUUGACAUUAUUUUCCUAUUUUAAGUUUCAUGGACCUUCUGCUCUCCAUCUGUCUAUGGACUUUUGGUGGUCCUGGGGAUCCAUGGUUAAGAAUAUCUGAAUAGCAUGAUUAAGUCAUCCUAGCCACUUUUCCUGUUGCUCAAAUACAACACCCCAGAUCCUGACUUUACUCCUUUUCACUGGGUGAUCUUCUUCUUUAUAUUGGGCUCUUGGUUUUCCUGGCUUUCUUCAGUAUUCAUCUCAUGCCCUUACCUUCUAUAGGAGGUAUUCCUAGUUCCCUGAAAGCCCCUUGAAACACUGCUGCUAGUGCCUACCACUCUCAGAUUAUCUCUCUCUAUUUCUUGUGUAUAUCUCUUACUUAUCAAGUUAUUUCCAUAUUUUCUCAUCCAUUAGGAUGUGAAUUUCUUGAAGGCAGGGUUGUUUUUGUUUUUCUUUGUAUCCCUAGAAUUUAGCAUAGUAUAUAUCUAUAGGUGCUUCAUUAAAUGCUUGUUGACCUGUCCGGAGAGGAUAAUGUUGCUAUGGUUAUUAAAAAUGAUAAGAUUCAGCACCUUAAUGCGAUAUAUGGUGUCAAAUGAGGAAUCAGGCUCACACUGAGCUUGUGACAAGGAAUAAGGGAGCACCGGUGGUAUAGCACACAGCAGUAUAGAAGAGUUUGGUGAAAAGUGAUGAUGGUGAUGGUGGUGAUGAUGGUGAACAUGAACUCUGUACUUUGGACACAGAGUUUGAAAUGCCUUUAGGACUGACCAGAAAAACAGCAUAUAUCUAUCUAUAUGUCAUUUUCAUAGAUAUGUUUAUUAAACCCAUUAGAGUUAUUGCAAUCACUGGGGAGACAAUGUCAAGAGAAAAGAGGAUCUAGAAUAGUCUUCAGGCACACUGACAGUAAGGCAGUAUGAAGGGACAAUGAACAAAAGACUGAUUGUGGUAUAGAAAUGUAAUACUAUUGAGCAAUAAAUAAGAAAAGAUAUGGAAAUGCUUGCAUGACUUGAUGCAGGGGGAAGUUAGAAGUACCAAAAGAAUUUAUAUUAUAACAUUAGUAUUAUAAAGAUGAAAAAAAUUGAAAUAUUUAAGAAUUCAUAUCAUCUAAACGAUCACCUGUGAUAUCAAAGGUCUGAUGAAAAAUAUUGCCUACCUCAUUACAGAGAAAUAAUGGACUAAUAUGACAAUUAGGAGGAGAAUCAAGAGAAAGCAAUGUCAGAAAAUCACAGAAAAGAAAGUAUGAUGGAUGGGAGAGGAUCGCUAGGGUCAGAUACCACAGACAGAUCAAGAAGGAUAAGAAUUGAGAAAAAGUCAUUGGCUUUGGCAGGAGAAAGUAGAACUCUGACUCCUGCCAAUAUACCAGUAUUUGCUUUUUCUUGUAGCUUGGACCUCUGGACACUAACCUUCUGCCUGUAUACUCAGAAAACCCUUCUGCCUUCUCUGACUUAGAUCCCUAGAACAAAAUGCUGGACCACUUAGUGAAAUUCUGAACCGUACAUGUAUUUUCCAAUUUGUCCUCAUAUCUAAUACCUUGGUCUGGUUCCUGGAAUCUCAGAAACAUUUUUUCUGACCAUACAAAGUGGUUUUUCUCUCUGCUAUGUUUAUCCUUCAUUCUUUAGCCUGUCUUCCCAGUUUGGAUCAGCUUCCAAUCCUGGCUCCUUCUGAUCCUCACUGCUUCCUUGGCUUAGUCAUCUAUAUCUAGAUGCUGAGAUUGGGAUGGUCAAUCUGGGUGAGAUUUGAACUGAACCUUGAAAAGUAGAUAAUAGGUUAGAAAGAGAUAGCCUGUCCUUUUUAUCAUCGCCCAGGCUGUUGGCAGAGAGUGUGAGGAGAGGAGGAAAGUCUUGGCUAGGAUUAAAACAUACUUGGCAAAUUUUUUAAACACUAGGAGCGAGUUAUUUGUCGUCCUCUCGGCUCUCACCCUUUUCUUGCCCCCACAAUGUCUGAUUGUUAGACCAGACUCUCACCUCAUUUAACACAAAUGCUAUAUGUUGUAGUAAUCUUUCUGCCAACAGGUCUAGAGCCCUUAAUCUCCUGGCUGAGAAGAUUUGAGGGUAGUAGUAGUGUAUUUCCAGACCACUUUAAGUUAAUGCCACGUUGGGAGUUAACUAUCGCAAGGCCUUGUGAUAAGUAUUGUCUAGAUCAGCAAAGGCAGCAGCCUGCAGGCCAGGUGCUGCCUACAAACUUCUGACUGGACUAGAACCAGUAUAAAAUGUAACUUAGAGAUGGCUCAGCAGAUAGACAACAGGCCUGGAGACAGGGGGUCCUAGGUUCAACUCUGGAUUUAGUGGUGUGACCCUGGACAAGUAACUUCACCCUGAUUGCCUAACCCUUAUUGCUCUUUUGCCUUGGAGCUGCUAUUUAGUAUGGAUUCUAAGACAGAAAGAAGGUAAGCAUUUAAACAACAUAGAUAAUAUUACUUUGUGGUUUUCUAAGUCAUUUUGCUGCCAGCAGGAAUUUCUAUUUAUGUUAGAUAACACUAGUUUUGAUUAUUUAAGUACCUGUUUUGAAUAGUUUAGCUAAAAUAUUAACAUGGUCUUUUGGAAUUAGUUCUGACCAAGAUGGUACCUGAAGAGACGGAUUACACAAUUCACUGGGGAGAAAACCUGAAAUUCACACCUGAAUGAUAUGAAUCAAGUUAUAACAAAUAAAGACUCUAGUCAGUGACUCUUCCAACACUGAACAACAAGAGGAUGCUGUUAAAGCUAAUGGGAUAGUAGCACCUCCCUCACAAAGGUGAUAUGAGGAUCAAAGGAGAUAGUGGAAAAAAUCACAGAGUGCAGUGACCGGCCUCACUAGAGGUUCCAUAUAUCAGUGAUCUGGGUGUUGAGAUAACCAGAGUGGAGGACCUCCUGGGAAAGCCUUAGGAUGGUCAGGAAGCCCCAGGGGGACAAUGUUGGAAGCUCCAGGGAAUGGCAGGGGUGGAGGGCAGUUUGAUCGUCCAGUCUAGGAGUCUCUGGGGUUCCCGGCACCCUCCUGAGAUGCCUUAGGGAGUAUCUGGAGCUCUGAACUUCAGAGUUAUAGGGGAGGCCUAACCACAGGAGAUGGAGAUCUGGGCAUCAGCCCAGAUGAUCCAGGCUGAGAUCAAGCAAGACUGGCCAGCCCAUUCAAAAUUACAGCCUGAGGUCUAGAGCCUGGCCUGAUGAUUAAACCAAAGAAGACAUUGACUGGUAUUACAAAAUUAUUAUUUAUCUAAAGAAAUAAGGAGAGAGUGACUGUAAUAACUGCCAGUGGAAGCUCAAGAGGCUCGGGGGAAAACAGACCUUCCACAAGUACAAGCUGAAUCACUAGAAGAAAUGAAGCAAGAGAUUAAAAAGGAAAUAAGAUCUUCUUUCAUUAAGGAGCUGCCUUGCUCCCUCCUCAGUAAAAUAGCGUCUUUGGGCUUGGUGCUAUGACCUGCUUCAGGGUCAGGCAGAUAGGCAGGAGUAGAGCCAGCACUGAAAUCUUGGUUUUCUGACUCUAAAUGUUGUGGGUUUUGUUCAGUACGACUGCACUUCUCUGAGACGCCUAGUAACAAGUUUAAGGAUGGAGAAAAUAGAAGUGACAUGUUAUAAGAAUAAAAAAGAGUAUUCCCUCUAAACGAGUUCUUUGGGUACACUCCUUCCAAGUACAGCUCCUUUUCAAGACUGCCUUGGCUCUUGGAAGUGAAUUCAGUCAAUAGCUAUACUAAGAAGCCUCUUCUUCCCCUGUGGGAGACCAAUGCCUCCAAUUUUAACAUUAUUAGUAUUUUGGGAGCAGGGGGGUGGCAGGGACUGCACGUCAUGAAACCAAUUGUUCUUUAUAGUUAUGACUGAGGAUUGGAAAAUGAAUUGUGCUUUUUUGUCAUUUCAGUGGGUGAGUGAGAGAAAAUAGAGAAGUGGAUGUCAAUAAAUAUGUGGACAUCUUUCCAAGCGAAUAGAAUUGCUGCUCAGCAUCUUUAUGGCUUAGUUUCUAGCUGGUCUUUUUAGAUGCAACUUUGAAUACAUGUACUAGUGAACAGAAGAUUAUAUUUUCAGUGAAACAAUGUUGUUGUUUUGUAAGAAUAGAAGCAGUUCGUUUUGUAAAGAGAAAUGCUAAAGAGCUCUUCCCGUUCUCGGAUGAAUGUAGCCGCGGAGGGCUUUGAGAACGAGGGGGGGGGGGGGGGGGGGUUGGGAGAGGAUUUUUGUCAUGAAUCCUGGGGACUUGGUAUGAUGUCACUGGAUCAGCCAGCCCACAAGCUCCGUGUGCUUGGAGGUGGUGUUAGAGCUCCAGGAUCGUUGAGAGGGGAGAGGCAGCCAGCCGUGGAGGAGAUGUCACUCACAAAUGAGCAGCCCGCUCCUCUGCCGGCUUACAGCCAGCUGUGCAAAGGCAAGACCCCAGAGCGCUGCUCAGAAUCUUCCCUCUGCAUGGAAUCCCCAAAUGAUUUCAGCAAAGCUGGCUACGAGUGGCAGCGGACGGAAGGCAAAUUGCAGGAGAUCGGGCUGAAUGUGAAUUCUGGGGGGCAGCUGCAAGAAGGGCUGGGGAAGAAUGCCGGCUUCCCGGACCAGGGCAGGCUGUGCUUCUUCGAGGGGAAGCUAGACAAAGAGCUGAGCAGGGAGCCCGAAGUGUCAGGUGAAAAAUGCUCAGCAGCCCCCGGGCACCUAGAAAGCUGGGCUUUGAUCUCAGAAACCUUCCCGCCCUCCAAGGGGAACUUGACCAACCAGAAAACCUCCGGGUUCACUCUGGGGGAAGCAGAGGGCUCAGAGACUGAAAACCGAGCGGGGACCAAGAAUCAGCCAAGUGGCAAAUCUCCUGAGACAGCGAGCGGCCUGGCCCAGUACAUUAAAGAAGAGGAGACUAGUGUUUGGAACCCCAACUUCAACCCAGUCCCACAGGACACGCUGGCAUCAGGGGAGAUGACCCUAGGUAAGAAGGAGGCUAAUGGCGCCCCUCAGGAGCGCUUUGGGAUCGGGGUAGCAAAUGACAGCUACGGCCUGGGUGGCUAUUCAUCCUUGUCCCAAGCCCCAACUCCAGCAAGUUCCCAGACGGCCGCUCCGCACCCGCCAACGACCAUGGUAGAGCUCGCCCAGGAUGACUUGAGAGGGAGUUCUGGCUGUGGCCAGGAUGAGGAGGGCUCUUCGAUGGAAAUGGAGAAAUCGAGUUACCCAGAAGGAACUUUCCUCAACCGGGCCUCCCAGCAACGGAAGGCCAUCCGCCGGGCCAUGUCGGAAUGCUCCCACCUUUCGGUCCCCCCUGCCCUCCACCUGGCUGACAAGUACCCCGAGCUUCCAGGCCAGGAGGAGCGGUCACCCAGCCUGCUCUCUCCCACCAACAGCCCGGCACUGAGCCCCACACCACGGAAACUCGGAACCUCCUCCAUGAAGCGCUCCAUGACUGUGGCCGAGGAGCAGCCCCCGAACCACAGGUUGAGCCUCGAGGAUUCACCCAACCAGACUCCUAAGGAGCUGCCUCCUUCCCUCCAAGAAGCAGCAGCUAAGAAGGAAGAACCAACCCAACCCAUUGGCAAAAGCGCUGUCAAGAAAGAACAAGUCAGCAAACUGGAGCAGAUCCCUGAGGUGAGCAUCAGGGAAAGGGGGCAAGACGGAGGCGAGGACGGAAGCGCUUCAGGGUUCCCGAGCUGCCGAGGUGGGGAGAACGAGCUCGGCCAGACCACCCUGGCAGUGAAGAAAGAAAUCGAGGUCAUCCCUCCACUGAACGCUCCAUCUUCUCAGCGCAGCGAGGAACCACGUGACGGUAUGUUGCUAAAUUUUACCUCCAUGGGGAACCAGCAGACAGCCAGGAGGACCGCGUUGACAGAUUGCAGGAGGGGAGGAGGGGCAGCGGCAGAGCCAGCCUCAGAGAAUGUAGCCGCUUUAGCCUGAUAUGCCAAACAAAGGGCAGGAUGAGCGCGUUCAUUGCGGAAUUGAGGGGCAAAGAACGAGGAAAUGAAUUUGGCUCCUGAGUGUAAAUGCUUUGGAGAUGGUUAGGAUCAGGGGCUGUAGGAGAAGAUAGGCUAACCCUGUUCUUGCCCUUCUCUCUCUCUCUCUCUCCUCUCUUCCCCGCUGCCUUUGUACCUUUUUGGCCAGAAUCAAAAUAUCCCUGCAGUCUAAAAGAUCAAAUUCCAACCCAUUGGCCUCCUCACCUGAGAAUUCGCCUGCCCUUUGAAACACACAAUGGGUUAUCAGCUGCCCUCCUCCCUUUUACUAGCACAGCCUGCAUGUAAACUGUUUUCCGCUGUACUUUUGAGAACAUUUUACUUUUGUUGGGGUGAGUGAAAAGGAGCUUUACGAGCUGGGUUGUUUUAUGUUCCUUUCCCCAUUCUCAUGGUCAGCUCAGUCUUGCCUCCUGUAUGCUUCCAUUAUGUAUAUUUGCCCGGAGAAGAGGAGGAAGGGGAGAAGGAGAGGCUUUGGAAAUGAUAAACAACUAAACAUUGCAGUCUGUGUAGCCUGUCCCCUCUGCUUCCCUCCCUCUCUCAUCACCCUCCUGGUCCCAUUGUUAGCUGGCCAAAUAAGCCUGUUUUUCCUGUAUCCUGUUUGUGUACAAAGAAGCACAAUUCAUAAGCCUAGUUGACUGGGAUUUAAAAUGUGACAGGACCUCUCUAGAAGUGUGUGUUUUCUUUGUUUAGAAAUAAUGGCUUCUUUCCUCGGGAUCUAUUUUUUUCCUCUCACUGCAUUUUUAUGAAAUAUCUCCAUCUUCUAUUUCUACAAUACAGAUUGGUCAGGGGAGUUAUGGAAAAGGAAAAACUGAUCAAAGAGAGUCAGAUAUUUUGUGUAGCAUUGUUUUCCUAAGAGAGUGCCUGAUUUCUGCCUUAUAAUUUUUCCUAGGGCUUUAGGAGCCUCAGAGCUGAGGAACCUUGAUGCCAUCAACUAUGUUGUUGCAUGACUGAAUUAAAAGCAUUUUGAGGACAGGAAUUGCUUGCUUUUUCUCCACCCUGAGAUUCAUCCUAGAUUGCCGUCCAGCUAAUAGAUAUUCAUUGUAAAUUAGAAAUUAAGAUGAGUAUUUUGUCAUUGGUGUUGCUAGGUAUAAAUAUGGUAAAUGUUCCUUUCUCAUUCUUCUUAAUGGUUAUCUUUAAACUAUAAACAUAGUUGUUGCUUAUAAAAGAUGGGUACUAGAAGACCUAGGCGAUUCAAGCAUCUUUAAUGAGUAUGUGAAGGUAUUUCGAAUUCCAGACUUAAAAUACUUGAAAAAGCAUUGAAUUUGUGGUCAGAGGACCUGGUAUGAAAUACUGUCUCCAGCUCUAAAUUUAGGAUCCCAAAGAAUAUUAUGGUUAAUUGGAAUUCUUAAUCUUAGUACUCCUUUAGAAUUUGGAAAGGAUAUUACAUGACUUUUUAAAAAUCUUGACAUUGUAGAUAUGUACAGGAAAUGAUUAUUGGGUUCUAAUCUCAGAUCUGGCUGAUUGUAUGACCUUGAGGAAAGAAGGAAGGAAAUAAGUAAAAGAAA